GAUAUAAAUAUGAACCCAGAAUGGCUUGUCUGGGAGAAGGACAUUAUCCUCCAUUCUUAUAAGCAUCUCCCAAGCACUUCUGCAGUCCUGGAGAGGGAUGUCCCCAUUUAUAAUGUUGGCUUUACUGCUUCAGUUUUCUGAUGUGAGAUUGGCACCAGUUGCAGAUGAGAUCACCUACCUUCCUGGUCUGGCAACGCAGCCCACCUUCAAGCAGUACUCUGGAUACCUGCACACAGUCACUGGUAAACACCUGCAUUACUGGUUUGUGGAGUCUCAGAGUAACCCAUCUGCCUGUCCAGUGGUCCUAUGGCUGAAUGGUGGUCCUGGCUGUAGCUCCCUGCUUGGACUUCUCACAGAGCAUGGCCCAUUCUUGAUCCAACCUGAUGGAAGCACUUUACAGUAUAACCGCCAUUCUUGGAACAUGAAUGCCAACAUGCUUUAUUUGGAGUCUCCAGUAGGUGUUGGGUUUUCCUACUCAGAUAAGCAAGUAUACAGUACCAAUGACACAGAGGUUUCCUUAACCAAUUACCUUGCUCUGAAGGAAUUUUUCCUUUUAUUCCCAGAGUACAGUGGGAACAAUGUGUAUCUUGCUGGUGAAGGUUAUGGUGGUAUUUACAUUCCAGUACUGGCAGAGCUGGUGAUGAAAGAUCAUAGCAUAAAUCUGAAGGGGAUUGCAGUUGGCAAUGGACUUUCAAGCUACGAGUACAACCUGAACUCUCUUGUUUACUUUAUGUACUACCAUGGACUCAUAGGAGCCAGGCUAUGGACUGACCUGCAGAACUACUGCUGCUUUCAAGGAAAGUGUAACUUUUUUCAUAACAAGAAUGUAACCUGCACACUAACUCUUGAAGAAGUUAUUAACUUAGUAAAACAUCCAGGACUGAAUGUCUACAACCUUUAUGCCCCCUGUGAGGGAGGAGUUCCUGAAGAAGUCAGCUUUGAUGGAAACCAGUAUGCAGUUCAUGAUUUAGGGAAUGUAUUUUGGAAUUAUCACCUAAAACGUGACUGGAAAGAGCUUCAUGAUGUGGUGCAGAAGAUGAACGGUACAAGGAUGUUUCUUCCUUGUCAGAACUACACCGCUGUUUCCAUGUAUCUCAAUAAUCCAAUCAUCCGAAAAGUGCUGCAUAUAUCCGAAGAGUUUCCAAAAUGGGAGAUAUGCAGCAUAGAAGUGAGUCUCGCUUAUGAACAUUUAUAUAUGAAUGUUACUGAGCAGUAUCUGAAGCUUCUUGCUGCACAGAAGUACAGAAUUCUGGUUUAUAAUGGUGAUGUGGACAUGAUAUUCAACUUCCUUGGAGCUGAGUGGUUUGUGGAAUCCCUUCAGCAAGAGGAGAAACUCAAGUACCGGCCAUGGUUCUAUAGACAGGGCACCAAACAGAUCGGGGGAUUUGUGAAGGAGUUCAGAGAUUUGGCAUUCCUCACUAUAAAGGGAGCUGGACACAUGGUCCCUGCAGACAACCCUAAAGCUGCAUUUACAAUGUUCAGUCGCUUCAUUAACGGCAAGCCCUACUAAAGAAGCAUGGAUUACUGACUAGCUGGGUGUGGUAGUGGAAACAAAUUCAAGAAGCGACUAGGUUUUGCUUUAGUAUUCUCCAUUUUGUGCAGAGUGGAAACAGAUUUUCACUGAUAAUAUGACUCAUUACUUUCCUGUUUAUUUUUGCUAUGCCUUCUUCAAACAUGGUCUCUCCUGCAUGACAGCAUUAGCCCUGGAUAAGUUGUAGUACAAGCAUCAUAUUUAUUUUUAAUAGCAUCUUCCUUCUCAUCAUGGUUCUUUUUCAUGGAUUUGGUGGGUAAUUUCCUAAACCUCUCAAAGGGGCAGUAUAUGGACAAUGUACAGUCUCAUUCCUGAACACGGCGACUGUCUUAGUAAGGAAGCUGUGAUAUAUACUACUCAAAUCCUGUGUUGUGAUCCAUUCGGGGAGGGGCAAAGCUCUGUCAUUCAUCGGUGGAGGAAAGGCCUCACUUUCCCUCACUCAUACUCACUAGAUCUAGGCAGUUAUUUAAGCUUUAAGGUGUAUGUGCAGGUUUUAAAGAAUUUUAUUUUUAUGAUGCAGAUUGUCUAAAUGUGAAUGAGAGGUGGUGGUGUGGAAAAUAUGCAAGACAUUAAUUUGAUUAGCAGGUGCAUCUUAAUGUAUACGUAAAGCCAGGAUUCAGUGACGUGGUCAAUAUUAUGCACAAGUUGAAGCCAAAAUAUAUAAAGCACUGAAGGGUAUGUGACAAUUGCCACUUAACUUACAUAACAAUAUUUAUUGAAUUUAAUCAGUUUUAUUGUUAGUCUAAUGAAGUCUUUGUAUGAAAGAGGAAAAGAGCUUACUCUGUGUUUUUAUAAUAAUAGUUGGUUUGGAACCUGACAUUUAUCUGCAGUUUACCUUGGGAUAAGAACGUUUUUUAAUACAUCUAGGCAGAAAGCAUAAAUAAAUGUAAGUUACUGACAUGAUCUGGAAUGUAUGUAAUAGUAUGGCAGGGAUUUUAUGGAAUCUGGCUGUGUACUAUUCAUUGAACAAAAUGAAUAAUAUAGUGAAUAGUGUUGUUUCCACUUUCUGUUUAUGUAAAUAAACAGAUUUUCAUGUAAUAGCUAGAAUCUGUGCGCAUCAGCAAUUUUUGAACCCUUACCUUCUGCCCACACCACAUUUUUUUAAUACCCUCUUCUCUCUCUGUUUUAUAGAAUUCGUUAAGUAAAAGAUACAGAGACAAAGUUUUACUCAGUUGUUAAAUGCUUUAAUGUUUCCUAAAUGAACAGUUGUACAAUUUUAAUCACCUCUCUUCUCAGCAUGAGGCUUUUUUAUAUGUGCAACACUGGGAAAUCUCACUAUUACUUUAGUAAGCCUCUGCAGUAGGAAAAGCAGAUCCGUUCUGCCAAAACUGAAGACAGAUGUUUCUUCACAAACAGCAAGAGUUGUACCAGUGAAGCUGAUAAAAGAGGGGAAAACUUGCAGCUUGUUGUGACUUUGAACUCCACAAGUGGGUUUUAUUUAUGCUAUUUAUGUUUGAAGAUUUAUUUACAGUUGUAAAUAAAAUGCUAGUUGAGAA